ACCGGCGGCAUCUUUCUGUUUUUGUUUAUUUUGAAACAAACUCAAAAAUUCUUUAUUCACGAUUUUUGUGCUGAAUUCCUGCAACUACCACAUCUACAGUAACAGAAGAAAAGGAAAUCCCUCAACACAGCAAAAGUAUGGAGGAAGAUCGGAGAUGGGGGUGAUAAGGUCCGCUAUUGGAGAUGCAGUCCUCACUUCCAUGUGGGUUUUUAGCAUGCCGUUACUGAGGAUUUUCACAGGAAUCAUAGCAACCUACCUCAGCGUUCAAGCCAUACCCCUUGCUGAUCUGCUCAUCACCAUCAAUCUCGUUCACUCUCAUGGUGCUCAGUUUCAGCUUAGUAGGCACUCUGUUUGGAGGAGCCAGCUUCAAUCCCACCUCCACCGCCUUCUUCUAUGCCGUCGGCCUCAGGCCGGACUCUUCCCUCCUGUCCAAGGAGGUCAGAUUCCCAACUCAGGCGGCAAGUGGCGUGGCUGGCGCCAAGGCAAUCUUGCAGGUGAUGCCUCAGAAAGUGGGCAAAGUGGUCCCAUGCUUGCACAGGUGGUAGCACAUGUGAAAAAAAAAAAAUAGAACAAAUGGAUUUAACUGCUGACCGUUUAGGACUUAAUGGUGAAGUGACGGCAACAUGAAUGGCGUCAGAGAAGGGACGACAAUGAACCAAAAAAGAGGAGUAGAGGGACAAUGUUUGGCUCUUUAAUAGAGUAGAGGGAUGACA